GUGCAUAUUACAAUGACGAGUCUCAUUAACAAAAUAGAACAUUUAAUCAAAAGGGAGAGAACUACUCCAGAGAGGAAACAAAAAGAUGAUUCAACUAAAUCUUCAAGCGAGAUCUUGUCGGAGUUGUUCGGUGCUUUUAACGCAGACCCACCUAAAAUUGAUGAAGCUUCUACUAAGAAAUCGAAGAAGAGUAAGAAGAAACAUAAAAAGGAAAAGAAAAAGCGAAGCCGGAGUAGUAGCAGUAGUAGCAAUUCUGACGAUAGUGACUACUCCCAUAAACGCAAAAAGAGAAAAAAGGGUAAGACCAAAAAACGUAAAGACUACGACCGGUCCCCUUCAUACCCUCCUCCCUUGCGAAUAAAGCCCGAACCAGAAGUGGUUAAAAAUGAAACUAAACGUACUAAGAAGUCAGAGGAUAUUAAACCUAAAGAGGCAAAACUCAAGACUGAAAUUAAAAUCGAGAGAGUCAAAACAGAAACAAAAGAAGAACGAAAAAAGCAAGUUCCUAUUAUAAUAGAAGAUUCCAACAGUGUUAGUUUUCUUGAUACUAGUUUAAUCCCUAUGCCUGAGUCUCCUAAAGAAAAACUAGAAUUGUGUGAUUUGAGAAACAAGUUGGACUGUAAAAAAAAUGAUACCAAUACUGAAAGUGACAAAUCCAAAGGUAAAAUUCAAAUUAAGAAUUUGAAAUUCAGUACUGUAUUUGAGGAGACUGUAAAGAAAGCAGAGGAAGAGGCUAGAAAGAAAGCAGAGAAAUAUGAAGAGGGAGAAUACACAGAUUCUUCUAGUGAUUCUGUCAACGAAGUAAUCUCAAACUCACACUUCCCAAAAUCUUCGGAUCCUGGGGGCAUUCUGAAAAAACAAGCUGCUGAAGAAAUUAAAAUUACCGAAGAAGAAAAAGUUGUCACUAAAAAGAGCAAAACCACAGAGAGUUCUCGGAAGUCAUCUAAAAGAGAUAGAAGCAGAUCUCCGAAAAGAUCUACAAGCAAAUCCAGGCGAUCGAGAUCUCGCUCAACUUCAAGGCGUCACCACCGUUCAAGUUCCAAGUCACGGCGGAGAAGUAGAUCUCGACACCGAUCUAGGUCAAGGAGACGGUCCUUAUCCAGAUCCAGAGUAAAAUCCCGUCACAGAUCAUCACCCAGGCAUAGGACUAGAAGAUCCAGAUCACCUAGCGGAGUAAAAUUAGCGGAUAGUGAGAAGAAACGUCUUCUAGAAGUAGCAAGAAGAAAUGCAAUCAAUAUGCUUAAAAAUGGCGCUGUCCCUGCUGGCGCUGCGGCGCUGCCGCCACACACAAGAAACCAAGUCAUGGCCGCCAUACAAUCUGGUGGUAAAUCGGUAGAUGAACUGACAGACUUUUGCAAGCAUUUAUCCAAGAAAGAAGCCCUCGGUGAACUGUCUUCUGUGUCGUCUAAUGACGAUGAUAUGAGUGAAAAUGAGGACACCCUAGCAUUCCAUCAUCCAUUCCUUGUAAAAGAAAAAGCACCUAUAGUAAUGAAUAUAAGGGGUGGCGCUCCACUGCCUAUUAAAACCAGUACAUUGCCUGUGGCCAAUAAGGAUGAACUCAGGCUGCAAUUUCCAGUGUCUUCUGGCUCUCAACAUAGAGAGAAGGCUUCAGAAUGGGUCCCUGUCUCACCUCCUAAAAAGGAUAUGCAAGUAGCGAAGCUGAACUCAAAGCCAGCAGCAACAAAAACAAUUGCAGCUAUCACAGCAAGCACUACAGAAACGACCAAAUCUGGUCCGCUUGCUUUACCCGCGCCACCUGUAGUCGAAACGCCAGCGUAUAUGAAGAGUUUUACGACAGGAAGCCAGUUGUCCUCCGUGCCUUCAGCGUUACCGGCGCCCGGACCACAAGCAUACCCACCAAGUAUUGAAGGAGCCAAAAUAGAUGUAGCGUCGAUUGUUUCACAGAAAAUAGCAAUGAUACGCAAAGAACAAGAGGAAAAUGAACUGUCUAGCACCUGUGGGUUUGGCUGGUCUUCAAAGGAUUCAACUUUGGGUCAGUUCACGGGGUCCACAGGAGCACAGAUUCUUACACCUAGAGAAUUGGCAAGUGGAAUACAAGCUUGGGCUAAGAAGGAUCAACUAGUCCGUGCUGCGCCUGUUGAAGGUGGAAUGGGUAUGCAUCUACUUCAGAAGAUGGGUUGGACCCCAGGACAGGGGCUGGGCAAAGAAGGUACAGGAACUCUCCAACCUUUGCUGCUAGAGGUUAAGUUGGACACAAGAGGGCUACAGUCAAAAGAAGAGAUUGGUAACAGACCAAACAAAGGUAUGAAACCUCAUCGACAAACACGUGGAAGGGGCCCAGCUCCAUUAAUAGCGGGUGGCAAACACCCGGUGUCAUUACUAGGUGAAUACUGCUCUAAACAAAAACUCGGUCCGCCAGAGUACAACCUUUGCUUCGAGUGUGGACCUGACCAUAAGAAGAACUUCUUGUUCAAAGUAAAGGUCGCAGGUACUGAAUACCAACCGGCAGUGGCAAGUGCUAAUAAGAAACAAGCGAAAGCAGAUGCUGCCCAACUUGCAUUACAAAAAAUUGGUAUUGUAACUCCAUAGGAUCCAGUAGCUUUAUACCUUAUUGUAUAAUAUAAAAAUAUCCUAAAAAUGAUAAUGUAAAUUUCUCAAAUUAAUGUAACAUUGUUUAUAACUUUAUUAUACAUUUUAUGGAAU